CCACAUUUUAACUCCCAAUCUCAAGGGAGACAAAAAAGAAGAAGACAAAAAGACUCUUACCAAGUGAUAUUUAUUGACAGAGAAUUAUGUGAAGAUUUAAAGCUCUGGAAAUGCGGCGCAAAUGCUUUUAUCUGCUCGAGGUGUGUGCCAUCGUAAGCGUCCUGCCGUCGGCCUCUUUAGCAGAUCUGACAUGUGAAGCUCUGCUCAUGCUGUCGGGGAACGUCUCAUUACAGUCCUUGGCCGCCUCCUGGAACCAGACCCUGAGCAAUGCCACGAGCCAAUGGAGCGGCUCGGGAAUCUACUGCGACACCUCCAUCGACGGCAUCGGCACCUGCUGGCCCAGGAGCAGCGCCGGCCAGAUGGUGUCACGACCCUGUCCGGAGAUGUUUUACGGUGUCCGGUACAACACCACGAAUAAUGUCUACAGGAAGUGUCUGGCCAACGGGACCUGGGCGCUGAAGGGGAACUACUCCAUGUGUAAGGCCAUCCUUCACGAGGAGAAAAAAGGCAAGAUGCACUACCAAAUCGCUGUGAUCAUAAACUUCCUGGGUCACUGCAUCUCCAUGGUGGCUCUGCUCGUCGCCUUCUUCCUCUUCUUGUGCUUGAGGAGCAUCCGCUGCCUGAGAAACAUCAUCCACUGGAACCUCAUCACCGCCUUCAUCCUGAGAAACGCCACCUGGUUCAUCGUCCAGCUGACCAUGAGCCCCGAAGUGCACGAAAGUAACGUGAUUUGGUGUCGCCUCGUCACCGCCUCCUUCAACUAUUUCCACUCCACCAACUUCUUCUGGAUGUUCGGAGAAGGCUGCUACCUCCACACCGCCAUCGUUCUCACCUACUCCACCGACAAGCUCCGCAAGUGGAUGUUCAUCUGCAUCGGCUGGUGUAUACCGUUCCCCAUAAUCGUGGCGUGGGCCAUCGGAAAGCUCUACUACGACAACGAGAAGUGCUGGUUCGGGAAGCGAGCCGGCGUCUACACCGACUACAUCUACCAGGGGCCCAUGAUCCUGGUGCUGGUGAUCAACUUCAUUUUCCUCUUCAACAUCGUGAGAAUCCUGAUGACCAAACUUCGAGCCUCGACCACCUCAGAGACCAUCCAGUACAGGAAAGCCGUGAAGGCCACGCUGGUGCUGCUUCCUCUGCUGGGAAUCACCUACAUGCUGUUUUUCGUGAACCCGGGCGAAGACGAGAUCUCUCAGAUCGUCUUCAUUUACUUCAACUCCUUCCUGGAGUCCUUCCAGGGCUUCUUUGUGUCGGUGUUUUACUGCUUCCUAAACAGCGAGGUGCGCUCGGCUGUGAGGAAGCGUUUCCACCGGUGGCAGGAGCAGCACUCGAUCCGAGCCAGGAUGACCCAGGCCAUGUCCAUCCCCACUUCACCUUCACGGGUCAGCUUCCACAGCAUCAAGCAGUCCACGUCGCUCUGAGAGGAAGAGGAGGAGGAGGAGAAACAACAACAAAAAAGAAAAAACUCCAGCUGUCAUUGUCAUCGUUUCCUGCCACAUCACUGGAGUUCACUCAGACACUUUUCUUCUGAGCCGGGGCAAAAGGCUUGGAGAGCCGGAGAGACGCUGCAUCCGUCUCCGGAGCCUCAGGAGGGACGAUAUGUGGACUUUCAGGAGAAAAUGGACGACGAAGGGCGGGGUGGGGAGGGAGGGAAGGACACUGCAGACUUUGUGAAAUGUGAGGUUAGUGAAUCAAAAGACGACCAAGCUGAUGUGUGGAUGUGAAUGUACAGCACUCUGCCAUAGAAGGUUGUUCUGUAUUCCUGCUGGCACACUUUUGUCUGUUUCUGUUGUCGUUGCUUUCAUCAUCAUCAUCAUCAUCAUCAUCAUCAUCAUCAUCAUCAGUGAGCUGGCGCCGCUGGACCACACUGAACUGGAUUCACCUCCCAGCGGACUCCCAGUCGCUCCAGGCGCAGUGACUAAGUUAUUGCAGAUUUUGUUCUCAGCUUUGUUUCUUUCUUUUUUUUUAAAUUCUUUACUUUUUGCCGUCACAAACAGUCGUCUGGUGUUCGUUAAUUUGGUGUCGUGCUCUCGUCCUCUGUUCUCAGCUUGGUGCAAGUCGUGCUGCUUUCAUCGAACUUUCCAGGAGGUUAAACACAUUCCAUGAUUCUACCUGAAGAGUUUUGUUCCAGAAUAACGCCUCGGAUUCAGUUACAGACCGCUGGGUGAGAACACAGCUCUCAUAUCUCACCGUUCUCAUGGAGUUUGGACAGAUAUUAUAGGUUUGUUUAUUAUUUAUCAUGAAAUAUUAACAUGCUAAAACCACAAAUUGUCAAAGUUAGGUUCAUGUUGUUGCACAGAUCAAGCAAAUGAGCCGAUAUGUGCUCAUGAGAGAUCUUUAAGGCAGCUGGGGUUCAGUUUAGAAGGAGUUUUUGGACAAGAAACUCAACUAAAAUGACAAACCCUCACAAAAAUAAAGCCACCUGACUAAUAUUGUGUAGGUUCAAAGAGCUCAGACCUGUCAUACCUCUGUAGAUCCUUUGGUUCCAUUGGAUGACCUCAGUCUAAUUAAUAUGUUAUUUAUAUUUCAUUCAAGAAACCGUGCAUAUCCUCACAGUCAUUUUCCGCUAUUAUGGCUUAUUAAAACACUUACCUGCUAUACUUAAUAAAUAUUUACAUGAGAUAACUCUUGCUAAAACCACAAAUUGUCAAAGUUAGGUUCACGUUGUUGCACAGAUCAAGCAAAUGACUUAAAAUAUGCUAAUGAGAGAUCUUUAAGGCAGCUGGGGUUCAGUUUAGACGAGGUUUUUUGACAAGAAACUCAACUAAAAUGACAAAUACUAGCAAAAAUAAAGGCACCUGACUAAUAUUUUGCAGUUCUAAACAGCUCAGACCUGUCACACCUCUGUAGAUCCUUUGGUUCUAUUGAAUGGCCUCAGUCUAAUUAAUAUGUUCUUUAUAUUUUAGUAGAGAAACCUUGCAUAUCACCAUACCUCAGCUAUUGUGACUUUUGAAACACUUUUUAUGUGGAGGUUACUUGCUAUAUUUAGUCUAUAUACUAUAAAAUGAAAGUUAAAACCACAUCCUCGUUCCUACAUUUCUCACAGAUGCUCAGUGGAGUUGGGUUUGAAUCAACGCCUCGAGCUCUUGGUCGUGAUCCUCGAGCCAUUCCUGAGCUGGUUGUGUUGUGGUGAAGCUGCAUUGUCCUGCUGGAGGAAGCAGCUGUCAUUAGUUGUGUGCUUGUUCUGCAGCAAUGUCGAGGUCAAAGUUAUUUAUGAAGCACAUUUGAAACAGCAAGGCUUGAACCAAAGGGUUGUACAGCUAAAAAUAGCAGCUCAUAAGACAGAAACACAAUAACUAAAAGAUAAAUGUGAAUAAAAACACGAUGAAAGUUGAAGUUGGGUCUUCAACUCGGCCUCCAGACUGUUGCAGUCCUCAGUGCAGGUACAUUACCAACAUAUCUGGUAGCUACGCCUUUGGUUCUAUCUCAGUAACCUGAAUAUCUUUGGAAUUUUGGACAAAACCUUGAGCUCUGAGCACUUCUGAUGAGGGUUUUUCAAUAUUUUCUGACGUUUAACAGACCAAACACGUAGUCAGUGGAUCAAGAAAAUUAAAAUAUCUGUUGAAUAGUUGCAGCUCCAGUUGAAUGUAAGUCAAAUAUUUGCUUUCCUCUUAGCUCUUAACUCCAGGGGGAAAUACUGGCUGUCUCUUUAGCCGCUAAACACUCUUCAUCUCAGACUGUCUGGUGGCUUUUCAGAGCUUUUUAAGCAGCGAGACUGAACCAAAAUGUUAAAGCUGGAAGACCAAAACAAUGAAGGGAAACAUGCUAAAAAAAAAAGUACUGUCGCAUUAAGAGGAACUGCAGCAUCACUGACCUUCUUUCCCACCUGUUUGACUCGUUGUUUGAGCUUUAAAGAGCCCAUAUUACGUAUUUUUUCUCUUUUCUUUCAUGUGUUACAGCUUAUUUGUGCAUGUAAAAGACUCACAAACUUACAAAACUCUACCUUUUACAUGCCUGAAACACCUCAUUUGGAGUCCAGGCUUUUCUUUUGUUACUUAAUGAUGUCAUCACAUAACACAUUUGCAUAACACCUGCCUACUUUGGCUCCGAUGCAGUCCGACAUAUUUCCCGCAAAGUUCAGACAUUAUCAGUGAAUGUCAGUCCUUACUUAUGGGCCAGUUGGGAGCUUCUGCAUCAUCUACUAGAGCAAAUUAUCAUUCAAUCUGAUUAUUUAUAAACAGGAAGUAACUUUGAUAAUGUUGGCAACCUCUUGUGGAAUAAAUGGGUAUAAAAUCUUCAGUAGAGAUUCGAAAUAAACUGGCCAAAAUUCAGAACAUUUGGUAGCAGCAAGGUGUAUUUUAAGCUACUUUUUAUAAAUGUAAACAUGUAGUAUUGGUUUAAUUUAAUCAAAACUCCAACUCAAAAACAGCAACUGAGAGAUAAAAUGAGAUUUUCGUCAAAAAAGGGACUUUGUACAUCCUCCGUGAGGAGAAAAACAACGUAUUAUUUGACCUUAAAAGCAUGUAAACAUGUUUUAAUUGACACAAAAAUGCAAAUUAUAAACUUGUAAAAAUGCAUGAUAUGGGCUCUAAGUCAAGUUUAACCUACCAUCUCUUUCCUUAUGAAUCUGUACAAGAAGAUCAUGAGUUGGGAUUAUGUUUGAGUUAGUAAGUAAAGAUUUAUUUAUGUUGCAUCUUCAGAAACUGCUUCAAAUAUUAGUUUUACAGAGAUUCCUUCGUUGUUAUUUUGGAACAAAACUCUGCGGCUGAACAAAGAGACUUAAUCUUGUUACCUCUCUACCAGCAAAGCCAGACGAGGACUCAUCCGAUCAGGAACUCGUUCACAUCAAGUGACUUUCUGUGAGUUCGGCAAUAACUCCGUUUUACUGGUUACCUGUAAAUACAUGAAAAUACCAGAGCGGAGCCGAGGCGUCACAAAUAGAAACCAAAAAACACACUAACCACACACUGUAAAUCAUAUGGGCACAUUAUCCAUGUGAUCAGCGAUUCACAGUCCACAUUCCUUCUAUACCAGUUUGCCUAGCACCUGUGCAUUUCUAUGAACUGCUCUUUAUGUCACGUUGUAUAUGAACCUCUUCUUUUUGUCACCCUGAAAUUCUCAUUUUUUUAAACAUCUUUUUUCUUAUUCUCUCCCUCGCAAGUGAUGUGUGAGCUCUGGUUGUGAUGAAAAAAAGUCACAUUAUUUAAAAUAUUUGAAUUUCACAUCAUCAUCCAUCGUGACUGAGCUGCUGCUUCAACUGGAGGUUAAAAUUUGGAAUCUCAUGUAGUUAUAUCAUGCACUUUUGUAAUGUAAAGUUCUGUUUUUCCAACCAAAAGUUGAACAUCAGCAGGAAUAAGUAGCAUAGUUUAAAAAGCCGACAGAGAGAGACAGUUCUUCAUGGUUUCAAUCAGCAUCACGGUGUAACUCACAGUGUUAUUUAUUGUUAUUUAUUUCUGAUAUUGUUAUUUUCAUACUUGAAAAAAAAAAGAUGUUAAGACAUGAUAAUAAACUGUGUGUUGCAUUUGA